UAAAGGGCCGAGGGGGCUCUUUCUGCUCCGCGCGUGGGAACGGGGCUUCGGCGGGAUGAGUGACGGACGCUGAGACCUUCUGCGGCUUCCGCUAAAGGUGCCGCCUUUUAAUCGCGGCAGCCGCUCGCGUCUCCUUGGGAGAGGCGCUCAGCAGAAUAACUAAUGCCUUCAGCCUGGGAGGGUGCAGCAUGCGGAGGGCGAGCUCCGGCUGCAGCCUGCAGCAUCAGGAUGUGGAGGAGAGAAGCUUCACCCAGGACCUUGCUUGGUUGUUCCCAGCCUUAAUCUCUUGCUCUUCAGGAGGGUCUCACAUGUGUCCACGUGACUGGAAGGAGCUGGAGGGCAAUGCAGACCAGGCUGGAGGGUGAAACAACUCAUCUGACCUAGCUUGUCAGAGGAUGUUUAACUGACGGCCCGAUUAGACCACACCAUGGAGAAGACAGAUGCAGAUGGCCAGCCACCCAAACCCAAUGGGGAGAGGGAGCAGCCCCGCAGCCUCCCCUACUCUGUGGAGACGCCGUAUGGCUUCCACUUGGACCUGGACUUCCUGAAGUACGUAGAUGACAUCGAGAAAGGGAACACCAUCAGAAGGGUUCACAUCCACCGGAAAGCCAAGCAGCCAAAAUUCAGCACCCUGCCCCGGAACUUCAGCCUGCCCGAGAACGGCUCCCGUGGGUGCGCGGCUGCUCCCAGCAAGAGCUGGACGGCGACCUGCUCCUUCCCCCAGCGAAAGGCAUCCCUGGGGGCGGAGGAGCCCCCCCGCCCCCUCCUGCCCAACGAGGCACCCCUCCCCGUGCCCGACGAGCCGAGUUACCGACGGAAAGCCCUUUUGGCGGAGACGCGGCGGCAGGCGGAGCUGGGCUGGCAGGAGGGCGAGCUCCGGGGGCGGCCGCAACUGCUGCGAGCUUCCAGCAUGCCCGCCGCGCUGCCGCCCGGCCAGCCCCCGCCGGGGGACGGCAGGCUGCCCUCGCCCCUCCGGCCACGUCCCCACCACUGCCACCACCACAGCGGCUCCGAAAGCGCCUUUCGCCCCGCGCCGCGCUCGCCGGGCUCCGACGGCGGCGUGUUAAAUCUCCCCCGGGAGAUGAGCUUGGAGCAAGACGUCUCUCUUCAGGCGGAGCAUCCCGGUGGGGGCAGCCCAGGGCUGGGGCAGAUGCAGCCGCCGUGGCAAAACCAGCAUCCCGCAGCACCGCAGCUGCAGGUGGUGAUGGAGAGCGGCGGAGAGGAGGGCGACGGCGCCGACGCCGGCGGUCGCUCCGCCUUGGCCGGGGGUGAACCGUCCUCACUGGCUGCCCUCCAGCUCACGAACCCUGGGGAAAGGGAGUUAAGCGUGAGUGAAAUCGCUCUGAGCGUGCUGAAGAAAGCUGAGGAGGGGAGUGUCCGGGCUGGAGAGAACGAGGAGAGCUGUGGUCCUCAGCCUCGUGAUGCCGGAGAGCCCGGCGGGGUUGCCGCGCUGAAGCAGCAGAUUGCUGCUCUGGAGGAGCAGCUGGGCAAGAAGAAGGAAGAGCUCGAGCAGAUCAGGGCAGUGCUGGAGCAGCAGGAUCAUGAGAUCAAGGAGAAGGAGAAAAGCAUUAAGUUACUGGCCAGCUCCAAAGCUCAGCUGGAAGAGAAGCUCUGCCAGGAAAACACCAAAGAGGCUGAGCCGCCGUCCAGGCGGAGCGGCGGGGCUUUGCAGUGCCACGACGCUGCGGUGAACACCGACCUCUCGCAGGUCACCGGGGCCAAGCAAGCCCAUGAUAAAGGCAUCAAUGUAAAUAUCCCAGUCUCCACCAAAUCCAUAGGAUGCAGCGCCCGGAGAGCAGACAACGUGAAUGCGCAGACGACGGAGCCGGGUGCUUGUGGAGAUCGGGGACUGGCAGAUGCUCACACCGGUGUCGGUGGAGAGGGACCCAGACAUUUUAGGGAAGCCAACGUCGAGGCUGGACCAUGCUUCACCCAGCUGAAGAUUGACGAGCACGUCGGCGAUGCCAAUCAAAAUCACAGGAAUAACUACGAUACCCAGAGUCUCGCUGCUCACGCAGUGACUGCAGAGAGCUACCGAGGAACAAGAAUUGGCUCAAUCGCAGGUGAAAACAAGACAAGCUUUGGAGAAGAUAAAGCUCGGGAUGGGCUGGAAGAGGAAGGUCCAUCUGACCGCGAGGAUCUCCCUGCUGUUGACCCCAUCGGCCAAUACGUAAAAAAAAUCCAGGAGCUUUUGCAGGAGCAGUGGCUGUGUUUGGAGCACGGCUACCCUGAGUUAGCAAGCGCUAUUAAACAGCCGGCCUCCAAGCUCAGCUCCAUUCAGAACCAAUUAGUUAAUUCCUUAAACUCGUUGCUGUCUGCCUACUCUACGCAAGGGCCUGCGGAUAAGGAGAAUUCAAACACACACUAUCAACAGUUGGAAAUCUCUCCAACCACCAGUCUUAAAUCUAUCAUGAAAAAGAAAGGUUAUGGUUUCCAUGCAGGAGGCAAUGGGACCAAAAAGAAUCUUCAGUUUGUUGGGGUAAAUGGUGGCUACGAAACGACAUCAAGCGAAGACACGAGUUGUGAAGACAGCCCAUCGGACGGGGACGCAGAGAGCGAGACGGAGACACGAGCCGACGAGUCGGAGCCCAUGCAGGGGGAAGCUGGGGGUGAAAGCGAGGGGAAUUCCUCGGGGACCUCCUCGCAGGACAGACGUGAGGACGAUGAGCCGCCGGAGCCAUCGGCGGAAGCAGCGCCUCGCACUCAGCACGGGGCUGACAGAUGCAAACCCUCUGAAGAUUUCCUUGCCGACUGCCAACUACUCAGCAAGCACCUCUCAGAAAUCAGGACCACAAGCGACAAGCAUCUGCAUCAUGUCCUGAGCACCGUCUGCCAGGAGUGGUUCCGGGUGUCAAGCCGUAAGUCUUCCAGCCCGGAGGCGGUCGCAGCGUAUCUCGAGGCGCUGGGAGCCAUCCAGCCCCGGCUCCUGGAGAUGGUGGUGAACCUGGCCGACAGGAACGGCAACACGGCUCUUCACUACAGCGUUUCCCACUCCAACUUCUCAAUUGCAAAGCUCCUGCUAGACACAGGCGUGUGCCGCCUGGACCUGCAGAACCGCGCCGGCUACACGGCGGUGAUGCUCACGCCGCUGGCGGCUGCCGAGACGGGCGAGGACAUGGAGGUGGUGAUGAAGCUGCUGAAGGAGGGGGACGUCAACCUGCGAGCCGCCCAGGGGGGCCAGACCGCCCUGAUGCUGGGGGUCAGCCACGAGCGGGACGACAUGGUGCGAGCCCUCCUCUCCUGCCAGGCCGACGUCAAUCUGCAGGACGAGGAGGGGACCACAGCCUUGAUGGUGGCCUGCCGGCAAGGCAACGCCGACAUCGUCCGGCUCCUCUUGGCCCAGCCCGGCUGCCAGGUCGCGCUGACCGACAAGGGUGGAAACUCGGCCCUGUCGCUGGCCCAGCGCGCUGCCCGCGGGGACAUCGCCGCGCUCCUGCGAGCCCACGCCGAGCACAGCCCGUCCCUCUCCGCCUGACCCACCGGGGAGAAGAAGCCGGGACGGGGGAGCAAACAGCUCCUCCUUGGAACAGCCCCGCCGCUCGCCUCGGCAGCCGGGGCCGGUACCGCGGGUGUCCCUACGCACAGGGGGAUGAACCCUCUCGGUUAUCUGCGUACGUUCCUCAUGCCUCGUUCUCACUAAGCCCGCUUACACCCCCCCUAAUCUAUGCACGUUGCCACAAAUGAGUCUCCGACAAGCUCCUCCUGGUAUAGAUUUGGCAGGUGAGCGACCGAAACAAAGGAGAAAAGCACAUUAGGAAAGCAAUAUUUAGUCUUUUGUAGCCUUAGAUUAUGGUUGUCCUUUUAAUCGACUACUUAACUGUAUCUCAUUUAACUUGUAAGUUUGUGUCCUAAUAUUUAUUAUUAGCCCUUCUGUACGUAGUGGCAGGCAGUGAUUAUUCAGUAUAUGUAACAACAAACACAAGCUGGAUGGAUUAUGUAAAGUAUAAAAUCCUA